UUAUUAGUUACUGAUCGUUAAUUUCGUUGUAAACAUAAAAACAACUGGUUUUCUCAGUCAGGUCAGGGACCACCAUGCUACAGCGCAAAUCAUACAGACUUUUAGACACCAAACUAAGAUCACUUGUAUUUUAAAUCUAUAAUGUUUUAUAACCACGACAUAUUUCACUAUAAUUUAAACGUUCAAGAAUGCUACACGUAAAGAUUUGUUACGCAUCAUUUCUGGGAAUUAUAGAUUUUUAUCUCUCGUAGUUGAAUUUCGUAAAACAUUGAUAAAUCUAUAUAAAACGGAAUCACAUCUUUAUAUUAAUUAUAACUAAACUAAGAUGUCUUCCGUAACAGUAAUUUGUGUUCUGGCUUUCCAGUUAAUAUCCUGUCAAUGCAGGACUUUCAAAUGUGGAUAUUCUAAAGGAUAUAAUAAUUUGGCUUACGGAAGAAACAGCUUAUCUUAUUAUUUGCCGAGCAUAUCGUACGGAUCUUGCGUGCGUACUAAUGGCAUAGAUUACGGAACCCGCCAAUCAAAUGCCAAGCCCAUGGCCAAAAGUGGCUUUUUCGUGACCAGUGCAUCAUCGAUAAUACCAAGCGGCGUGUCAUUUAUUUCAGAUGGCUUAAAUAUGGAUGGCAUAUUGAGAGUCUAUGGCCAAUUGCCAGUGCUGGGCACUGUGGCAUUAGAUGGGAAUGUUUAUGGCAGUGGACAGGGUGCGGUGUCGUAUGAUAAUGGAAACGUCAACAAUUUUAUUGGCCUCAAACUUCUGAGUGAUUACAGUUCGGGAUUUAUCAAUCCUAUUCCGAAUAGUGUGAAAGGCAUUUUAUAUUAAUGCAGCCAUUUUUAUUUUAGAUUAGAAAUUGAGCUGUAUACGUAAAUUAGUGACGUAUUUACUAUUAAUAUUUAAAUUUGUUAGGAUU